UGCCGAUUCGUGGCUUGUCGCAGGCGCCACCGCGAUACCAUCGCGCCCACCUUUCAUUUGCAUGCAGUGGGCGCACUCUCUGCUGCUGCUCAUCGCCGCCGCCACCGCCGCGGACGACAUUCGCCUAGGUGCGCGGAAUGCGACCAACAGCAUCGCACAUGUGACCGAGGCGACGUUCACGACGCAGUGUGACGGCGUCACCUUCCGACCCGACCCGAGCUUCGUCGAGCCCGACCAGCGCUCGUGUGUCGUGUAUCCCAACGGCACUGUCUGGCGCGGCGCCAACAAGACAACGGCGUCCAUUUUUCGGGAAAAAACCGGCAACAUCAAAAACACCGUCACGGCCGGCUCCCUGCACAUUGACUACGUGGCGUUCCUCCCCAACCAAGCGCCCGUCACGGUCCUUGCGAACCUCGGCAUCUCGCGUCUCAACACGUCGCUGCGCCGCGACAGCGAAGGCAUCCGACUCGAGACCGCCGCGCUAUACGUGCCCGACAAUCAGAUUACCGAUCUUAGCGUUACGUUUGCCAGCGCCAUGCUGCUGCUGGAUGCCCGGAACAACCAAGUGACACGCGUCAACCUCAACGCGUCGGGCCUCACGACAUUGUGGCUCAGUGGCAACCCCCUUACCGAAACGGCGUUUGAGGCGAGCCCGUUGCCACCGUCGCUCGUUGAAAUAACCAUGAGCUACACCAAGCUCACGUCGGUGCCAACAGGAGUCUUGUUGCCAUCGCUCCAGCGCUUGCGUGCCAGCAACAACUCGAUCAGCACCAUCAAGGACAUUCAUUGGCCACCAGGCAUGACGGAGAUCACGCUCGAAAACAACUCAAUUUCGACCAUCAUUGCCAACUUUCCAGCCACCCUAACCACCCUGGGCUUGUUUGGCAACCCGAUCACGGCCAUUUAUGCCAACGCGUCACAGUUUGAGAUUCUUCAAAAGCUCUCCAACUGGGCAGGAUCAAGUGAUAUGCGGCCGGUCCUCGGUUCGACCCUCGGUGGCGCCGACUGCCACGGCCACAUUGGUGUCCAGUACAUCACUCCUCGCAUUGGUAUUUGCAUUCUCGGCAACGACAAGGCGGCGUCGCUCUCGACCGUCGUCGGUGUCGGCAUCGGCGUCUUUAUCUUUGUGCUCCUCAGUCUUCUCGCGGUCAUCCGGCUUCGUCGCGCCAAGAAGAAGUCGACCCAGUGGUGGUACCACGAGACCGACGACCCGAUGCCAGUCGACGUUGUCGAAACGUCUCGGCUUCAGCACGACGCGCGCUUUGACGACCAGCUCCAGCAGGUGCGCAUCCCGGUCACGGACCUCCAGCGCGACGUCGUGUUGGCCCGCGGUGGCUUUGGCGUCGUGUACCUUGGCACGCUCCGAAAGAAGGAGAAGGUGGCCAUGAAGCGACUUCUGCCCAAUUUCAUGGCGAGCGCCCGCGCGAUUGACGAAUUUUUGCACGAAAUCCGCCUCUACUCGUCGUUGAGUCAUGCCCACAUUGUCGGCUUCAAGGGCGUCACGUGGAGCAACGUCCGCAACAUCACGAUCGUCAUGGAAUACAUGCCGUACAGCGACGUGUGGAGUCUCCUCCUCAAGAACAAGUGGGUCACGUCCUGGUUCACCAAGAUGCAGCACGAUGCGAUGCGGGGCCGGACGACCAUGGGCAUGGUCAAGGGCCCCGAGUUUGGCGUCUCGAAGCUCGACGUGGCAAAAGCGAUUGCGAGUGCACUCACGUACCUCCACGGCCUCGAGACGCCCGUGAUCCACCGCGAUCUCAAGACGCGCAAUGUGCUCUUGGGCGCGCACUACGAAGCCAAGUUGACCGACUUUGGCACGAGCCGGUUCCGGGCCGACGACCUCACGAUGACGGCCGAGAUUGGCACGGCGGCGUGGAUCGCCCCCGAAGUGUUGAAGGGCGUGCGGUACACGGAGAAGGCUGACAUUUACUCGUUUGGCGUCAUGAUGUCGGAGCUCGAUACGACCGAAAUUCCGUACGCCAACCUCUUUUUGGAGCCGGGGUCGACGCUGACUUUGGCGCGAACGCGGAUUGCGAUGCUCGUCGUGAACGGCGAGCUCCGCCCACGUUUUCGCGCCCAGUGCCCAAACAAGAUUGCGCGCGUCGCGCGGCGGUGUCUGGCGUUUGACCCGGCGCAGCGACCGACUGCGACCGAGCUUUUGGCGCUGCUUUCCGAGUGCAUGCCGCCGCGCAACGACGAGAGCGGCAGCCUUUUCUCAUCCGACUUUUUGCGCGGCCAUUGAGUUGUAUUUUAACUUAACAUGCAUGUUUGAUUUGUGAA